AUGGUCCGCAUACCGUUACCGCAACGUCUCAGCACUCAUUUGAUCUCAAAAAGCACCAAUACUACUCCCGGCCAAAGCAGAAGUACCAGUCCCAUGAGAAUGUCUGACACGAAACCGUUAAUUCUCAAGAUCUCCGUCCUUCGGGGGAGAAAUUUAGCACCCAAGGACAGAGGAGGGACGAGUGAUCCGUAUAUGAUCGUCACACUUGGAGACGCUCGACAAUCCACACCCACAAUACCGAAGACACUGAACCCAGAAUGGAAUGUGACAUUCGAGAUGCCCGUGGUCGGUGUACCACUGUUGGAGUGCAUCUGCUGGGACCAUGACAGAUUCGGCAAAGACUAUAUGGGCGAAUUCGACAUUGCUCUCGAGGAAAUAUUCAGCCGCGGCGAGGUCCAUCAACAGCCCACAUGGUACACUCUCCGGUCGAAACGGAAGCCUACAAAGAAGAAGGACAGCAUUAUCUCCGGGGAAAUCUUGCUGCAAUUUUCUCUCCUCGACCCGGCAAACCCCAACGCCUCUGCGGAAGAGGUUUACCAGAAGUUCAGGAACCUGGUAUAUGCUGGUGACGAGGAUGACGAGUUUCCGCAAGUUCCUUCGUUAUCACUGGAAGAUGUCGACAGAGAGGAAGAGACGUCGGAUGAGACAGACGACCCGACCAAGCCAGAGGUUGUGGAAAAGCGAAGGAGGCGGCUUCGGCUUAAGCGCCUGAAACGUAAAUCUUUGGCAGCACGAGCCUACCAAUUCUCUGGUGUAGGCAACGGAGUGCAGGGUAUCGUAUUCAUGGAGAUCAUCAAGGUGACAGAUCUACCGCCGGAACGGAAUGUGACGCGCACCUCAUUCGACAUGGACCCAUUCGUUGUCACUUCACUCGGAAGAAAAACGAUGCGAACGCCGGUUGUUCGUCACAAUCUGAAUCCAGUAUACAAUGAGAAGAUGGUCUUCCAAGUCAUGAAACAUGAAACAUCCUAUACGAUCGGCUUCACCGUCAUGGACAGGGAUAAGUUCUCUGGCAAUGACUUUGUCGCAUCUGCGGGAUUUCCACUGCAGACACUGAUCCAAUCCGCCCCCAACGCUGAUCCUGAGACCGGUCUCUAUGAUCUGUCAAACCAGACUCCCGACCUGACGAGCUCUGAAUCGGACUUGGCUAAUAGACCACCACCUAAGAUCUCCGUCAGCCCUUCCCCUUCGACAAGCAGCCUUUCUAAAUCGCCUCGGCUGGGCAUGUCACCGAGAGGCUCUUCUACGUCUCUGUCGGGUCAAUCACAGCAGGGAGAGUCGACUCUGCUUCCACCUCGGAGCGUUCCUGAAGACAUCGAGCCGCCCGGUUUCUCCAGCUCUCCCACUUUGGCUAACUUUACCGUCUCCCCACUUGAAUCCGACAGCGAAGGUCUUCGAAUUUACCGCAUCCCACUGAAGUUAAAGAACAAGGACAGAUGGGAGGACAAGCACUCGCCCGAGCUGUUUGUGAAGGCCAAAUAUAUGCCAUAUCGUGCCUUGCGCCAGCAGUUCUGGAGACUCAUGCUCAAGCAGUAUGAUGCAGACGACAGUGGCCGAAUCGACAAGGUUGAAAUGACCACAAUGCUUGAUACUCUUGGUUCCACCUUGAAGGAGUCCACGAUUGACAGUUUCUUCGAGCGCUUUAGUCGGGAGAAUCAACCAAGCGAGACUAUGGACCUGACUUUCGAUCAGGCCGUGAUCUGCCUUGAAGAUACUCUCCAGGCCCUUCAAAAAGACCCGAGAUCGACUGGCAGAAAGAUUUCACCUUCAUCAUCAACGAUCAGUCAGGACAGUGAGGAACAGUCCAGCGGGGAUGAUGAUCUUGUUGCUGGAUCUAACGCUGGCUUACCGGCGAACCACGACCCCCGGACCACACAUGUCCCCACUAUACCUACCGAUGAGCAACCGGGCUUGGUUGAUGAAGACCUUCAACCGGAUGAUCUGGGAGAUGAACGUGGCGUGGAACAUGUCAUAGAGCUUCGGGAAUGCCCCUUGUGUCAUCAGCCACGGCUCUCCUCCCGCUCCGAUGCCGACAUUAUCACGCAUAUCGCUACAUGUGCAAGUCGGGAUUGGCGGCAAGUGGACAAUCUUGUCAUGGGAGGGUUUGUGACCUCAAGCCAGGCGCAGCGCAAAUGGUAUACUAAGGUCAUUACGAAAAUCGGUUAUGGUGGUUACAAGCUGGGGGCCAACUCUGCCAAUAUUCUCGUCCAGGACCGGGUCACUGGACAGAUCAACGAGGAGCGUAUGAGUGUUUACGUUCGUUUGGGUAUCCGAUUGUUGUAUAAGGGCCUUAAGAGCAGGGAAAUGGAGAAGAAGAGAAUCCGCAAAAUCUUGAAGUCGAUGAGUAUCAAGCAAGGGAAGAAGUACGAUGAUCCCGCGUCUGCGAGUCAGAUCCGGGACUUCAUCAACUUCCACCAACUCGACAUGUCCGAGGUGUUGUUGCCGAUUGAAAAGUUCAAUAACUUUAACGAAUUCUUCUAUCGUGCACUAAAGCCCGGCGCCCGGCCUUGCUCAGCUCCGGAUGAGCUCAGGGUUGUUGUGUCACCCGCUGACUGUCGAACGGUUGUAUUUGACCGCAUGGAUGAGGCGACGAGCAUCUGGGUCAAGGGACGGGAGUUCUCCAUCGAACGCCUUCUUGGUGACGCUUACCCGGAAGAUGUGCCCCGCUACAAAAACGGGGCGCUGGGGAUCUUCCGUCUUGCUCCGCAGGAUUACCAUCGCUUCCAUAUCCCUGUAGACGGAGUUAUGGGCACGCCCAAGACAAUUGAGGGUGAAUACUACACAGUCAAUCCCAUGGCAAUCCGUUCUGCCCUUGAUGUUUAUGGCGAGAACGUGAGAGUUCUCGUGCCAAUCGAUUCCGUAGCUCAUGGGCGUGUUAUGGUGGUCUGUGUUGGAGCCAUGAUGGUUGGAAGCACAGUCAUUACACGAAAGGCUGGGGAGCAGGUUUCACGGGCCGAAGAGCUCGGUUACUUUAAGUUUGGAGGAAGUACUAUUCUCCUCCUUUUCGAGGAGGGGGCGAUCAACUUUGACAGUGACUUGGUGGACAAUUCGAAGGGACCCUUGGAAACCUUGAUCCGGGUUGGCAUGUCUGUGGGUCAUCAUCCCGAUAUACCUCAGUUCGAGCCGGAUAUGCCCAAGAAGAGCGAAGAUAUCUCUCUUGAAGAGUUGCAGUCCGCCAAGCGUCGGAUUGAAGGCAGCCUGGCCCCGCCAAGUGAGGACGUCCCUGCACUCCCGUGA